CGCGUGGGGCGCAUGCGCUUGAUCAGAUCGCGCGCCGGAGCGGGGGGGGGGUGAUGAGCGUUUUGCUCCCCAACAUGGCGGACUUUGACACCAUCUAUGAGCUGGAGGAGGAGGAGGAGGAAGAAGAAGAAGAGGAGCAGGAGGAGGAGGAGGAGCCUGAGUCCGAGACUGUGGUGAGGAGUCAGGACCUGCCGCGGCUCCGGGACGCGUCUGAACCUGUAGCUGUGAGGGGCGCCGGGCAUAUCACUGUGGAUGGAAAGAGAGCCUAUACAGUAAUUACAUUCCUUCAGGAGAGAAAGGCAUCUAAAACCCCAUGGAGGUUUGGCUUGAGCAACAAAUUUGACACCGAAUUUCCCUCUGUUUUGACAGGGAAGGUUGCCCCAGAAGAAUUCAAGACAAGUAUCAGUCGUGUAAAUGCAUGUUUAAAGAAGAAUCUCCCCAUCAGUGUAAAAUGGCUUCUCUGUGGCUGUUUGUGCUGCUGCUGCAGCCUGGGAUGCAGCCUGUGGCCUGCUGUCUGUCUUAACAAAAGAACUACAAGAUCAAUUCAGAAGUUGUUAGAAUGGGAAAAUAACAGAUUGUAUCAUAAGCUUGGUUUGCACUGGAAGUUGAGUAAAAGGAAAUGCGAAACUAGCAAUAUGAUGGAGUAUGUAAUACUAAUAGAAUUCUUACCAAAAUAUCCCAUAUUUCGACCCGACUGAAGAGCAGUAUUACCUUUCAUGUUAUCUGUCAUUUCCUACCUGUAGUGCCUUGUAGGGGAUGUUGGAGAGAAGAUGGUCUACUUCGCUGUGAUUUUAAAAAAACAAAAGUGUUCUUUAGUAGAGUAUAUUCCUUACUAUGUUACUUUCUUUUGUUUUAAGAAGAAAACAAUUUGCACAUUUUUAAUGUUAAAUAAUGAGGCUUGUGUGUGUACUCUUAAUUUUUAUUUUAAACACUUUUGAUUAUAAAAAGUUGCCACUAUAGAUAUCCAUGCUGAUUAUAGCCUUGUUCUGAGCAUGCUGCGUUAUAAAUUUCCAAACUUAUUUGUUUUCCAAAUGUACAUCUUAACCAUUGCACCAAUUUCACACUCCCUUAAAUUAUUGACAGAAAAAGUCAAGGUUAGCCUACAGUAGCUAGGAAUCCAUUUUUGAUAAUCCACUUGCAUAAGACUUGCAGUGAACAGCACUGGUUUUGUCCUGCACUUGCAAGGUUGCUCACUUUACAUCGCGUGGGUGGAACAAAGAUUCAUUUGCUAUACACACAAUAGAUUUGUAAAUAUUACCUCAUUGUACAAUGGUAAGUAUGGUAUGACAUGAAGGUUUACAAAAUGUAAUAUAAUUCCUGUUUUUCAAUUGUUCUACAUAGAUUUAUUAUGAAUUAUGUCUGCAAGCACCCUCCUGAUUGUAUGGACCCAUUCAUAUGCCAUAAUGGGUUUGUACGUACUACCAAAUGUCAGGGUUGGGCACACUUUGUUAGUAAAUGAAUGCAAAAAUGCAUCACAUUUCUCUGUUUCUGAAGAUAUUAUUGCAACACCGGAAAGUCUAACUAUAUAUUAAACAAUUCCAAGGAGCCACAAACCAAAGUGAGUUCUUGGCUUGUGUUCCUUCCAUAGCAGGCCCUGAAGCUGAACUACCAUUGAAACUGGGGGGAGGGUGCGUCUUUCCAGUGCAGUGUGUGAUCUGGCAUUGGGGAGGUGUCUGCUGUUCAUGGAGGAAACAUCAAUUACUCUGGGUUAAGCUUAGCAAAGUUGCAAUCCUAACCCUAUUUACAACUCAUUGUUAGGGUUGCAGCCUAUAUUAUGUUUAAGAACUAGGCAGAACCUAAAUACAGUACAGUAAAGAAAACUAUUUUUUAGCAGAGUGGUAGUUGAAUGUUGUUAUCUUAAAAUAUUGUUUGGUUGAACACACCAGAAUUCAUUCUUCUAUGAAGAUUAUUCUUUUAAACAUUCAAAGGUAAAAUCUGAGUAAACUAUACUACUGAAACAGCAUAGCGAUACUGGAAGCUACCAAUUUCCACUAUUUCAAUAUCUUACUGUUUUGAUAAUUAUAUGUCAAGUUAUGCACUGAGUUUGGUGGCUCUGCUUUGCCUUAAUUGGCAGCUUGAUUUUAGAGAUGAGGUAUUCAUCUCGCUGUCUAAUAGGGACUUCUGUGGACUGAGUAAUGUUGAGCACGUAAGGCCACAUGUAUCUGAAAAAAUUCUUAGUGAGUACAGGGUAGCAUUCAAGAAUUGGGAAGCCAAAAGCUCAUCAAAAAUAUUUCUGCUUUGAUGUAUCUUGUUAGCUUAGAUUUUGGAAUGGUUUGUUUACAUAUACUUUUACAGUGCAUAUUGUUUUGACUCCACACGUAAUAUAUGUAGCAGUUCUGUGGCCAUAAUUGUAGCUAAAAUGUUUGUGUGAGGAGGAUGUUUGCAAUUUCAUGUUGCUUCCUUGUGGCAUUGCCAUAACAGUGGUGAUAAGGAAAGUACCUUCAUGAGCUUGGCCCCACAGCUUCUUGAGCAGACUAGAGCUCCUAUGCAAUCAGGAUGUCCUUUUACUUAAAUAUUGACUGCAUCUCUGUACGCAUAUUCCUCUUGCAUGCACAGAGUUGCCCAUAAAAUGUAGUGGAAUGGUUGAAGGUAUUGCGCACUAGGACAGCUCUAAACCCCUUGGUAUGCAUGUUAUUGCAUAACUGCAAGAGCAAGGAAUUCUAAGUUAAUACAGUAUAACUUGAGUGCAGUUGCCAGCUUGGAAAUUUGAACCUUGACAUGUUUAGUGUUAUGCCAGGCUCCCUGCCCCAGGAGGAAAUUGUUCAUGGCAAGCUGUCCAGUUGGAUUUAAACAUGGAAUGUCAAGUAUUACAAGUGGAAUAUCAGUUCAAUGGAACUUUGAGCUGAUGCUUGCUGCUCAGGCCGUCUUUUUAUUAUUCAGUGUAGGUAUUUCAUGUUCUGUUAAACUGUUAAUGGUAUUGAACAGAAAAGGAUGUGAAAGCAGAAUGAAUCCUUGCAAGGCCAAAUAAUAGGGUACAAUGUGAAAUGCAGUGUAGUGUUUUCCCUCGUUCAUUUUAAAGUGUGUUGAGUUAUGCAUUGCCAAAAAGAGUAACUCUAAAUAUUGUGUCUUGCUUAAUGUAAGAGAAAUGUCUUAUGCUACAGCACACUAUUAAACCACAGAAAUCUUAGUGUGACGUUCUCUCACCGCCUCCCCCCAAGAGUAUCCCUGUGGAUAGUUUCUCAGCAGUGAGAAGAUUGAGCAUGUGUUUGAGACUCCUUGUAAUGAAUUCUGAAUACCAUAUAUGUGUCUUUUUACAUGCAUGUUUCCUUUGUGUGGUUACAAUGGAAUCCCCCUACCCCCGCCAGUCUUGUUUCAAAUUGUUGUAACACUGUGCCAAGCUUAGAGCACUUUCAUUUUGGCAUUAUGUCUUAAAUUAAGACUUGUACAUCCAAAAACAUCCCCCAUCCUGUUCUGACCAUUUUAUAUAGGUAUUUGUGUUAUUUGCUUCCAGUUAACUUCUCUUUCCCCCUUUUGUAGAAUUAGGUUACAAAUCCUGAAAGUCUCAGCUGGUUUAAAAGCUCAGUUGAAUUCCAACCUUUGUCUGCCAAAGGGGUCAUACUUGCUACCUGUAAGGUGUGCAAGAGCCAAAUGCUUGUUAAUCCAAUUUCUAAUGAAGAAAACAUGGUCCAACAUUAUUGCUACUCGUAGUAGCAUGCAGUAUUUUGUUGUUGAUUCAAAUAAUGUAUUGCAUUUUUACAGAGGUUUCCUAGUCCUCCUUGUAUUUUAGGUAAUGCAGGUGUAGAAAGGAACACAGGUAACUGUUUGGAUUUUGGUUACACAGUGUAAGUAACCCCCCCCCCCCUUGCAUGCUGAUUCAUCAGCAAUGAGACGUUAUGGAGAUGUUGACCCUUUCACUUUUCUCUAAACUGCAAGGGGUACGUGUGAAGCUACAAUGCACCCCUAUGUGACACUUGAGAAUAUUGUAUUCAAUACCAGAGAAUGUGGAACAGCCCUGACAGACUGUAUUUGGUUCAUGACCUAUUAUAUUUUUCUUUGUAUCUAAAUGUUUGCAAAACAGAGCAGCAUUGUCUUCAUUCUGAAAGUAAAUGACAUUUAGAGUCCUAUUCUGUAAAAAACAAAUUCAGUUCAAGUCAUUCUACUGUCCUGAAUGAACGUAACACACAGCGUGAGAGGCGCACCUCAAAUACUAUAUGGCUUUACAGGGGAUUCUGGGGUGUAUCUUCUUUGUUUUUUACAUGGCUGUGCUGAUGUUUCAAGUGGCUUACAUCUUGAAUUCCAUUCUGCCUGUAAUGCUGAACUCUUGCGCGUUUGGGCCAACCCCCAUGACAGAAAUCGUCCUUUUUUAUAUAUAUAACCUCUUAAUUGGCAGGUAGAUUUUCAGCAGGGGUGGGAAACUCCUAGGCCUCCACAUAGUACUGGACUCCAACACCCGUCAGCCCUAGCCAGCAUGGUCAGUGUCAGGAUGGUGAGAUUUGUCAUCCAGCAACAUCUGGAGGGCCACAGGUUCCCCAUCCCUGAUCUAGAGUUAACAUGCCCAAGUAGCAGAAGAGGGAGUGCCUUGAAUUUUUCAAAUAAUGUAUAGUGCUGAAUAUUUAAAGUUACGGAAUUUCAUUGGCAGCGUGGAAAACCCCCAAGCUAAAUGCCCUUGCUGACCUUAUGCCAUCAAUCCCUACAAGGUUUAGAGCUAUUUGCAAGGUAUAUGAGGGGUGGUAGAACUCCAUACAUAUGGAGUGUCAUACAUAUGAAUUCUCUUCCACAUAAGAAAACUUCAUGUAGUAAACUAGCACAACAGGGUGUGCACUACACUAAACUUCCUCCCUAAUACCCUAUUUUAUUACAUGUACAAGUCUUUUUAAUAUGGCAGGACAUUCAUAUAUAUGACGCCCCACACCUGCAGACCUCUGGUACAACCCAGAAAUGUGCAACCUCAUUCUGUAUAAUAUGCAGACUGGUUAUUCAUUUUGUCUCAGUCUUGAAGAACUGGGAGGUAGAAAGGCGUGAGGUGAGUGGCAGUUCACACACACGUCAAUGCAAUUCUGCUGAUCAAUGAGACUUCAAGAGGACCCUUUCCUCUCUCUCUCUCUGCCCCACUCCAAACUACAGAGCGUGGGUGAUGCCCAACAUUAGUCCUACUUGAGGGAUGACCCAUUGAAAUUAAGUCCAUUGGUUUCAGUAGGUUUGCUCAGAGCAUGAUUAACAUUGUUAAUCACCUAUGUUUUAGUAAGCUUAGUGCACUCUGGAAAAACUCAAAUUGAUUUUCUUGUCCUGAUUUCAAAAUUCCAUUUGCUCAUACAUGUAUAUGUUCUGUAAAAUAAUGCAUUUUAGUGUCCUGACAGUGAUCACAUUAACCUGAAAACACUAGCAUUGAGCGAUAAGGGGGAAAUAAAUGUGUUGAUACUCAGUGUAAAUAGUUUAACCAUUUGAGUAAACAAUGUUUCAUAAAAUAUGUUCAUUUUCUGCAGUUUUGUGCAUUUUUAAUAGUUAUUUGUAACUCAUGAAACUUCUGUUAAACUGUAUGCAUUUUAAUUAAGUUCUUAACACUUCUGUUUUGUUUACAAAGUAAUAGCCACUUUUUAAUGGGAUCUCAUGCCUUGAAGUUUUUUAAAAUAAAAAUCU